CUUACCUGUCGACCGACGUGUUUUCCCGAAGAAUAAUCCGAGUCCGCGCGUUUGUUCCAGGUGUCUCUCUGUGUGUGUGUGUGUGUGUCUGUUUGUGCGUACCUUACCUCUCUUCUACACGCGCGUGUAUCAGUGUGUCUGUGUGUAUUCAAUUAAUUACAAAAGCAAAAAAAGAAGCAGCAGCUCUGGGAAUUGAAUGAAAGAAAGGCAAAACCCCCGUUGAAAAAGAGUGUAUGCAAAAUAAUAGUUGCGUGAUACAAAAAGGCCAUCAAAAGAGGCAGCAACAAAAGAGGUAGCAUGAAAGGUGAUUAAUUCACUUAAAAGUGCAAUUAAACAGCAGCAGCAGCAGCAACUACAAGCAGCAAAAUCAUUGGAGCAGCGCAAGGUGCAGACAAGAUUGGAUGAGAGUCUCUAACGUCAUGGUAUGAAGGAGCCGACGAACACUUUGGAUGAAAUUGUGCCCAGCAGGCUGACAUCAGCCGAACUGAGGGCGAUGGCCUUGAGACAGCAGCAGCAGAUCGACAGCCAGCACCAGCUGCUGGCCACCAAGGAGCAGCGGCUGCGCUUCCUCAAGUCCCAGGAGGUGCGCAGUGCCGUGGCCAGUGCGGAGGGCGAGCGACUGCGACGCCUAAGGGAGCGCGUAGAGGCGCAGGAGUCCAAGCUACGACGCCUUCGUGCGUUGCGGGGUCAAGUGGAUUUGCAGAAGACCUACAACGUAACCCUGAGCAACGACUUGGACUCGAUUCGGGCCCUGUUCAGCGAAAAGGAGAAGGAACUGAGCCUGGCCGUCGCCAAAGUGGAGGCCCUGACACGGCAGCUGGAGGAACUGAGGCGGGAUCGCCGCUGUCCGGUGAAUCUGCUGACGUCCGCUACGGGCAAUGGCGUCGCACAGGCUCUGCCCCCACAGGCAUCCCGUGAGCUGGAGAAACUGCGAAGGGAGUUAAUGUAUCGCAAUCAGUUGUCCCUGCAACAGGAUGCACGACUGCACAUGCAACGCGAGGCAUUGCAGCAGCGCCAGGCGGAGCUACGGUCCGUGGAUCAACGAAUCUACGAACUGCAGACGCGCCUCCAGCGCAAGAAGCAGGCGAACACUCAUCACCAGCAGCAACAGCAUAUGCAACAGCACCAGCAGCAGCAUCAACAGUUGCAACAGCAACAACAGCAACAGCAGCAACAGCAGCAGCAGAAACAGCAUACGCAGCAGCAUCCACAGCAGCAUCCAACGCAGCAGCAGAAACACCAGCAGCCACUUCAUGUCCCCGUGCCCGUCUCGAACCCGUCCUCCAAGCACGGCGGAGUGGCAGCCCUCAAGCAGCAGCUGCUGCAGAAGCAGGUCAAUCAACUGGCGGCUGCCGCGGCUGCUGCCGCCGCCGGACGGGCCCGAGGCAAUGUGGCCGCCGUGGAACCCUUCAUCCACACGCCACAGAAGUCCACCAUCACGAGCACCGCCAGCUAUUUGAGCGGCGGCAAUAUGCUAAAGCAUGCAGCGGCCACGGCCAACACCAACCAACAGAAUCAGCUCAUUCAGGACUUGACCCACAUGAAACUGGGCCAGGUCAGUGGUGGGGGAUUCUUUGCCGGUUCCGUGCCCGUUCCCGUUCCCGUCCCCGUUCCAGUUUCAGUGCCUGGCGCCAACUCCAGCAGCGAGAGCGAUGAAUCGAAGCUGGCCAAAAAGCUGCUGACUGCAGUGCCAAUUCCAGUCGCAGUUCAGGCCAAAACGGGGGCAGAGCUGCGGAAGCAAGCCCAAACGGAGGCCAUGGACAGCACCACCCAUAUCUAUGCAGAAGUGGGGCCCAAGAAGCGGGACAGGGAAGCGGCAGCCGCUGCAGCAGCAGCUCAAGCACAAGCUGCGGCCGAAGCAGCUGCAUCCACAGUGACCCCACCUGCCCCCACGAAUGCCAGCAAAAUACCCAAGAGCAUCUCCAGCAGCGGAAGCACCAGCUCCGCCUCAGCGCUGAUCAAUAAACUCAACCAGCAGGUCACCAAGGAGAGCCAGGCAGAUCCAGGACACCACCAGCAGCAGCAGCAGCAGCAGCAGCACCACAAGAAGAACGAGAUUGCGGUGACCAGCGAGACGCUAUCGGAGCGCAGCAACCAGCAGCAGUUGACGGUGCACAGCAUGCCCCUUGGCGCCAUCAGCAAGUCGGUGGCCCUGGCCGUGUCCAAUGCCGCCAAGCCGCUUCAGGUGCAGGUCACCAAUCUGACGGUGCCGCCCCGCAAGCCCAUCAGCAGUGUAGCUCCCAAUUCGGUGAGCGGCAGCAGCAGCAGUGGCGGUGCCAGUGGCAGUGGCAGCUCCAUUCCCAAGAUGAUCACCUACAGUCCAAAGGUGAACCGUGUGGCGCCCAAUGUGGUGUUGGCCGAUCCACGCCCAGCCCUGCCGCCCAAGCCCAGCAAGAUGUCGCCCACGGAGCAGUCGUCGUCAUCCCCUGCAGAGGCAAGUGCCAGCCCGACUUCCGUCCCUCCGCCGACUGUGGCCAAGUCCCAGAGUCAGGGGCAGGCGCAAGCACAAGCACAGGUGCAGGCCACCUUCGGCCUGCAGUCGCUGAACAUCAACGACAAUCUGCCCAUCAAGGCCAAGCCUCUGACCAUCCGCAAGCAGCCGCUGUUCGAGCAGCCGCGGCUCAAGUCCAGCCAAACGGGCACGGGAACCAAUGUCGGCCAGCCGAAACAGCCACUGCUGUCCCAGAGGAAGUCGGAGCCAUCCAGACCACCCCCGGAAUCAGCUAAAUCUUCGCCCGAUCCCUCGCUCCAGCACUCACCCAGCAGUGAGUCGAGCGUGGAUGAGCCAGACCGUGUCGUCCCCACAAAGGCGGAGCAGGAGACACCUGUGGCACCAGCACCCACCGCAGCCGGCACCACGAGCAACAUCAAGGAGCGGACGGGAGGCAAACCGAAGCUGGGGCGACGCGUCAGCUUCGAUCCAUUGGCCCUGCUGCUGGACGCCAGCCUCGAGGGCGAGCUGGAGCUGGUGAAGAAGACGGCGAAGCAGGUGGCCAAUCCCAGUGCGGCCAACGACGAGGGAAUCACAGCGCUGCACAAUGCCAUCUGUGCCGGGCACUUUGACAUCGUAAGUAAGUGGAAACCUUCAAUCUGCGCCGCCUGCCGCUCCCUUCAUUCAUCUGUCCCGUCCCCCAUUCAUCUGUUCAGGUUUCUGGUGGAGUUUGGCUGCGACGUGAAUGCCCAGGACUCGGAUGGCUGGACGCCGCUGCACUGUGCGGCCAGCUGCAACAACCUGUCGAUGGUCAAGUUCCUGGUGGAAAGCGGAGCCUGCCUGUUUGCCUCGACCCUGUCCGACCACGAGACGCCCGCGGAGAAGUGCGAGGAGGAUGAAGAGGGCUUCGAUGGCUGCUCAGAGUAUCUGUACAGCAUCCAGGAGAAGCUGGGCAUCCUGCACAAUGGCGACGUCUAUGCCGUGUUCUCCUACGAGGCCCAGAACGGCGACGAGCUAUCCUUCCGCGUCAACGAGCCGCUGAUCGUGUUGCGGAAAGGCGACGAUGCGGAGAACGAGUGGUGGUGGGCCAGGAAUGCCAUUGGCGAGGAGGGAUACGUGCCGCGAAACCUCUUGGGUUUGUACCCACGUGUGCCGCCGCAGUCGCCGCACUACGGCGAUUAGCAGUUAAUACGCUUCACCAUACUGAAGCGCAAGGCUGGCCGACUCAUACAGAAGCGCUACAUCUCCAAGUACAUCUAGGGAUGAGGCGGGAUUCUGAGCACGUGCCACCGCAGAGAGUCAGUCAGCUGGGGAAUUAUUUAUCACAGCUCCCCAUGUUUCUUUUUGUUAACUUUUUUGUUUGGGAAAAGCAACACAAAGGAUACGGAGAAGAUCAAGGGGAAAGUAAGGAGAAACAGAAGGCGGAGCCAAGCAACCACUCAACCAUAUGCUCACCCAUAUGGUAUGGUACAUGUGUGUACGUGCAACCGACUGCAAUGCCAGCGCCAUUCUCCGGCUACGAGUAUUUAUCACGACGACUGGCCCCAAUUAGGUCGGCUUUGGCCUACCCCCUCCCGACCCCCCUUAAUACGUACAAAAGCAAAUUAAAUUUCACUAAAGCCCCCACCCGCCCUUCUUCGCUCGUUAGAUUUAAGGCCUAGACUAAUAGUUGCCCGCCCGCUAGCCACCAGAACUUUCUCCAUAAAAGUUCAAAUUGAAAAUGGAAAUUCAUAAAAUUUCUUGCCACACACACACACGCAUGUUUCAUCUUCGUCCUUGGGCAGGAGGCGAAGGAGUGUUGCGUAAUUGCAUAUGUAUAUCAAGCUAGUACUUAAACAUUAAAUUGGACUUGAACAAAGUUCACACAAAAAGAGCAACAUUUAAGCAUAGAUAACAGAUAGCGUAGAGAAACUAGAUAACCACAAGGAGGAUAACGAAUACGUGUACGAGUAUAUGACGAAUCGAAUGUGAUUUUUGUAUAGAGACAAGAAUUUUAAUUUAAUCCAUUUUUAUCGAAUACUAAAUGCUGAUGUAAAUUACAUAAAAAUGAUUCGUUGUCGCGUAAUUGCAUUAUAGAUAUGUAUACUAAUUAAUUUAGCUUAACUUAAUUAUAACUAAUAUUAUAUUGAUUAACAAAAGGAAAAUUCAAACACACAGAUUGAAAUGCAACUACGUUUGAAAUUUAA